GGUCCCUACCUCUGCUCCAACGGGUCUCGGUACGGUUCCUUCUGUCCAGUUUAGUGAGAUUACAGAGUUCUGCACAAACGAACCAUGCUGAUCAGGAAGACGGACCCUGAGGCCACGUUCACAAUCCACCCAAAAGGCCCAAAUCCAACCUUUUAGCUCAUUAGUGAUUUUUUAUUUGUUUAUUUUUAACAGUUUUUUUUUAAAUUUUGAAAUCAGAUUCAGGUCUCUUUCAGAAUAGGGGUAGACCGAUGUAGUGGUCCAUAUCGGCUAUAUAAACAAAGUUUACUUUACAUAUCGGCAUCGGUAUCGGCAAUAGAAAAACCAAAAUUGGUCAACCUCUGUUUCAGAUCUGGUUCCAACUCAGAGAUCAGCAUUUCCAAAGUGGCCUCAGUCUGAACAGCCGGCUCACGCUUCGUUCCAACAAAGUGGUUUUAGAGCCUCUGGUGAUAACUUAUCAGCUGUUUCCAUUUGUGAUCAACCACAAUCACCUGAAUCCUGUCUGAGAAGAAGGUUGAUGCUUGUUGAUUGUUCAGCUGCAUGUCGUUCUGAUCAACCAGCACGUUUCCAUCAGGAUUCUUUAUUCCAGGUUUGACCUGGGAAGAUGACCCCACCCAGCAGCUUCUGUCCAGUGAGCUGUCCAAACUGAGGAGGAUCCCGUACCAGCCCCAGCAGAAGGGACGCCUCUACAGCAGCAGCAGGCCGGUAGCCGAAGCCAUGGACCCAGAGGACCAGAGGGUGAAGCCGGUGGAGGUGGAGCUCAACAGAAACCUGCAGAUGUACCUCCAACGUUUGGGCCUCCUACCAAAAACCUCCUCCUCGUCUGGUCUGAAAAAGCCCGCAAAGCUGCUGCAGAAAGCUGGACCUCCAUCCAGCCAGCUCCUCACCACACAGGCUGACAGGGACCUUCUCCUCGGCGCCCUGAGGCGGUAUCUCGCUGGGCAUCUCUUCAGGCAUGGUGGGAGGGUGAACCCCUCUGAGCAGGAGGCCCCCUCUCUGCGCCUCAGGCCUUUUUACAACAAUGGGAUAGAAAAUCCUGGGCUCAAAAAGGAGACGUCCAAAUCCAGACUUCUGAAGGCAGGAAGGAUUCCUGGAGCUUCAGUCAAAGAGCCGCUCACAUCUGUCGAUGAAAAGUUCAUCGAGAACGUUGUGAAGAACGUCGGGCGGCAGCACGUGAACAUGGACAACCUGACCCCCCAGGACCUGGACCGGCUGUCCGGUCUGAUCGCCGAUGCUCUGCUGGUGGUUGACCAGGACCAGGGACCCAACAGGGGGCUGACCCGGUACCGAGGACCUGGACCAAGAGACCUGGAGGAAGAGGUGACCAACACGAAUGAGAAGAUUCCCAGAGAAGAAGAAAAAGAAGAGGAUGAAGUUGGAGAGAUUGCUCCGACCCAGAAAGCACCAGAGGACCUUCCUUCCCUGGCAGCUCCUCAAGAACGCCACACAGACACAGAGGAUGCAAACACGAAGGAAACGGCCGAGAGCAGCAACCUCGUGACCAAACUCCUCACCUACCUGGAUAAAACCUCCUUCUCCGGUCUUCCAUCAGCGAGGAACCGCGCAGACGUCGGCGUGGACACGCCCACCAGAGGCCGGCAGGUGGGUCUAGAAAAUGUCCAGAGUCGCACCAGCGAGGUGGCGGUGACGGUGCAGAAGAAGGACACCACCCAGUCUGUGGAGGAGGUGUCUGAGGUGGAGGGCUGGAUCAAGGAGGUGGCGCAUCCUCCGGCGUCGCUCGUCUACAAGGAGCCGCACAGGAAGACCGUUCACGCUCCGGAGCUUCAGCUGGACGUCAAAACCGUCAGGAAGAAGCCAGAGGACGACGUGUUUGGUUACGUCAUCACAGACACAGAUCGGCUCCAGACGGACGAAGGUCUUCACCUGAUGGAGAUUCUGGCUCGGCGAGCAAACAUCCAGAUGACGGAUUUGGCUGAAGUGUUGGUGGUGGGACCGGCCGUGACCUUCAAAGUCAGCCACAACUCCCAAAACGUCAGCACUGCAGAUGUGGCCAACGUGGCGGUGAAGCAGAAAGAAGCCUUAGAGAAGGAGGCGAAGGUCAGCAUCCUGGAGGCUGGAGUUGCAGACGGAAGUCAGAUCAAGCAGAUUCCCACCAAAUACAGCCAGGGAGAGUCCACCAAGUUCCUCAUCCUCACCGUGGUGUCCAUCCUAUGCAUCGUGGGCGUGCUGCUGGCCUCCACCGUGCUCUACUGCCUCCGGAACCGCUCCCACCACAAGCUGAAGGAAAAGCUCACCAAUCUGGGCACGGACACCGGCGGCGAUGCUACCGCCACCUAUCAGGAACUCUGUCGGCAGCGGAUGGCGGUCAAGCCCCCGGUGGAGCGUCCAGAACCGAUCUCCUCCAGGAUCAACAGCGUCUCGUCUCAGUUCAGCGACGGCGGUGCGGCCAUGAGCCCCUCGGCACGCGGCAGCAUCUCGUCGUGGAGCGAAGAGCCCGCCCACUCAAACAUGGACAUCUCCACUGGUCACAUGAUACUGUCUUACAUGGAGGACCACCUGAAGAAUAAGGACCGUCUGGAGAAGGAGUGGGAGGCGCUGUGUGCCUACCAGGCUGAACCCAACGCCAGCACCGUUGGCCUGAAAAAUGGCAACACCAAGAAGAAUCGCUCAGCAGCUGUGGUGGCAUAUGAUCACGCCAGAAUCACCUUGAAGGUGGAGAACAGCCAAGGCAACUCUGAUUACAUCAACGCCAGCCCAAUAAUAGACCGCGAUCCCAGAAACCCGGCAUACAUCGCCACUCAGGGUCCACUGCCCUCCACCGUGGCUGACUUCUGGCAGAUGGUGUGGGAGAAUGGCUGCGUGGUCAUCGUUAUGCUGACGCCUCUCGUCGAGAGCGGGGUGAAGCAGUGCUACCAUUACUGGCCGGAUGAAGGAUCCAACCUGUACCACAUCUACGAGGUGAACCUGGUGUCUGAACACAUCUGGUGUGACGACUUCCUGGUUCGUAGCUUCUACCUGAAGAACAUGCAGACCAAUGAGACCCGGACCGUGACUCAGUUCCACUUCCUGACCUGGCUCAACCAGAGCGUCCCGGAGACCAGCCGGACGCUCCUCGACUUCCGCAGGAAAGUAAACAAGUGCUAUCGUGGUCACUCGUGUCCAGUCAUAGUCCACUGCAGCGACGGAGCGGGAAGAACCGGAACCUACAUCCUGAUCGACAUGGUCCUCAACAGGAUGGCUAAAGGUGCCAAAGAGAUUGAUAUCGCUGCGUCGCUGGAGCACCUGCGGGACCAGAGGCCAGGAAUGGUCCAGACCAAGGAUCAGUUUGAAUUUGCGUUGACGACGGUUGCUGAAGAGGUGAACGCCAUCCUGAAAGCUCUUCGUCACUAGGAGGAACCAGAGGAUCUCCUCUCUUCUGUCUCCUCCAUCUUGCUUGUGUCUCCUCUUUAGUCACCAUCAUUCCUCCCUCACCGUCUCUUAUCUUUUCUUUUUUUCUCGUCUCUUUUACUUCACCUUUAUUUUUUUCUCAUCUUAUAGAAAAUGUGUUUAUUUGUCUGUUUCGCAUUCAUCUUCUUGUUCACAUUCUUCUUUAUUUUAUUAGUUUAAUUCAUCUCAUGUCCUCCUGACUCGUCGUUCCAGAUUAUAAUCCCGGUGCCAGAAACAGCCGAACCAGACCUGUACAUAGAUGGACCUUCCUUCUGUUGUCAUGAUCCAUGCAGCUUGUUCUCCAGAGCAACAGCUCACCGCGUUGAAGCGCAUUCUGUUCACAUAGAAACAUAUCUACUAGUUCCUUCUCUUAAAACGGCGUUAACCUCAGGGGUGUCGGUCAGAUUUGAGCGCAUUAAUACAUUCAUUUGGUCAAAGUAAGUCAAGCUGCUGCGUGGAUGAAGCCUCGUUUAACAGAAGCUGAAGCGUUAAACCAAACCAACACCCCUGAAGUUAUUCAUCAUGUUUGUGUCUGAUUUUUAGUGCCAUGCAGUAAUCCCUAAUCCCGACACAUUUUUAAUCUCCAGUUAGUUUUUUUUUUGUACCUUUAGUUUCAUCACCUGUUUCAGAAUAAUACCCUAAUGUUGGAAAUGUGGUGAAAUGAUUUAUUUUUAUUGUGUAACUUUAUUAUCUUAGAUUCAUUUUACCUUCCAGCUGGGUAAUAAGAAGCAGCAGUGAGGCAGGAGACGUUAGUUAUCAGAAAUGUUAUGAGCAGCUCUGGGAUCAUCAAACUGGACUUUGUGUCUCUAGAUAAAAAAGCCAAAGUUCAAAGAAUGUUGUUGUUCUUCUGCAUUUGACUUUUUAACUAUAACACCUGUGCUGAAGUGUUGGUGUGUAAAAAUCCACCUAGACAGUUUGAUGUGAUUAUGACAUAAACAUGUCCUCCUGGGAGCAUGCAGAGGACACCAGCUUCUUUCACUGCACUCACUAUAAUUUAGUCAGUUGAAUUUCAGUGUGUUUUAUUAUUUAGAGUUAUUUAACAACUUUUUUAUAAGAUGUAAAACUGCUAAAGCUUCAAAAGCAAUGCAUCUCUUAUUGUCGAUAAGGUCUUAUUGAUCUAAAAUGGAGGAUAUAAAUAUUUCACCCCUGAAAAAAAAGAUAUCAAAAUCUAUUAAAAACGUCAUUAUUUCAUCAUUCUAUUACUGAGCUGUGAUGUAAAAAGUGCUGCUGAAGUAAUUUUGUGUUUCUUCCACCUGAACUGGUUUUUUGUGGAAAACUGAUGUUGUGGCUCGUCAGUGAAGUUACAUUCAUGUCUGCCUUAAUGAGAAUACAGAUUACUAAUGGAUUAAAGCCACGAGGACCACAAUGGUCAUGAUGAUGGUGAAGAUGAUUGUGAAGAUGGUGAUGAUGGUAAUGAUGACGAUGGUAAUAAUGAUGAUAUUGGUAAUGAUUGUGAAGAUGGUGAUGAUGAUGGUGAUGGUAUGAUGAUGGUGAAGAUGAUGAUGAUAAUGAUGAUGACGACAACAACGAUGAUGAUGGUGAUGAUGAUAAUGACGGUAAUGAUGGUGAUGGUAAUGGUGAUGAUGGUAUUAGUGAUGAUGAAGGUAAUGAUGAUGAUGGUGAUGAUGAUGAUGAUGAUGAUGAUGAUGGUAAUGAUGACGAUGGUAAUGAUGACGAUGGUAAUUAUGAGGAUGGCGAUGGUAAUGAUGGUGAUGAUAUGAUGAUGGUGGUGGUGAUGAUGAUGAUGAUGAUGAUGAUGGUAAUGAUGAUGAUGUUUAUGGUGGUGAUGAUGGUGGUAAUGAUAAUGAUGGUGAUGAUAUGAUGAUGAUGGUAAUGAUGACGAUGGUAAUUAUGAGGAUGGCGAUGGUAAUGAUGGUGAUGAUACGAUGAUGGUGGUGGUGGUGAUGAUGAUGAUGACGAUGGUGAUGAUGGUGGUAAUGAUGAUGGUGAUGAUAUGAUGAUGAUGAUGAUGAUGAUGGUGGUGAUGAUGAUGAUGAUGAUGAUGGUGAUGAUGAUGAUGUUUAUGGUGAUGAUGGUAAUGAUGAUGAUGGUGGUGAUAUGAUGAUGAUGGUGGUGGUGAUGAUGAUGGUGGUAAUGAUGAUGAUGGUGAUGAUGAUGAUGAUGGUAAUGAUGAUGGUGAUGAUGAUGAUGUUUAUGGUGGUGAUGAUGAUGAUGGUAAUGAUAAUGAUGAUGAUGGUAAUGAUGUUGAUGAUGGUGGUAAUGAUGAUGGUGAUGAUGAUGAUGGUAAUGAUGAUGAUAUUUAUGGUGGUGAUGACAAUGGUAAUGAUGGUAAUGAUGGUAAUGAUGAUGAUGAUGUUGGUGGUAAUGGUGGUGGUGGUGGUGGUGGUGAUGAUGAUGAUGAUGGUAAUGAUGAUGGUGAUGAUGGUAAUGAUGGUGGUGAUGAUGGUGGUGGUGGUGAUGAUGAGGGUGAUGUAAUGAUGAUGAUAAUGAUGAUGUUGGUGGUGAUGAUGGUGGUGAUGGUGAUGAUGGUAAUGACGAUGAUGAUGAUGAUGAUGAUUGUGGUGAUGAUGAGGGUGAUGGUAAUGAUGAUGAUGAUGAUGGUGGUGAUAAUGAUGAUGAUGUUGGUGGUUAUGAUGGUGACGAUGAGGGUGAUGACGAUGAUGAUGAGGAGGAACUGCCCUUAUUGAAAACUAGCUCAGCUGAUUUAUAAUAUGAAAGCUGCAGAACUUCCUUGAGAAUCUGAAUCUAUUUGGAAACCAAACUUCUGAGAUAAAUUAAAGGUGAAACCGUGAAAUUGGAGUGAUAAUGACAGAGGAAUAGUUUUGCUUCUGAGUAAAUCUUAUACGUAGUAUAAAUGGUUGAUUUGUCUGUAGCUGAAUCUGUGGAGAACAAUGGCUCAAAAGCAUCCUUAAACUGUAUGCUGACAUUAUAAAUUAAAUAGAGCACAGAAAACUG